AUGCAUCUCCCACCACACAGAUGCAUCUCCCACCACACACAAAUCCACCCCACAGAUCCAUCUCCCACCACACAGAUCCACCUCCCACCACACAAACCCACCUUCACCACACGGAUCCACCUCCCACCACACAAACCCACCUCACGGAUCCACCUCCCACCACACAAACCCACCUCCACCACACAGAUCCAUCUCCCACCACACAAACCCACCUUCACCACACGGAUCCACCUCCCACCACACAAACCCACCUCACGGAUCCACCUCCCACCACACAAACCCACCUCCACCACACAGAUCCACCUCCCACCACACAAACCCACCUUCACCGCACGGAUCCACCUCCCACCACACAAACCCACUUCCCCCCACACAAACCCACCUCCACCACACAGAUCCAACUCCCACUUCACAAACCCACCUCCCACCACACAAACCAACCUCCCACCACACAAACCCACCUCCACCACACGGAUCCACCUCCCACCACACAAACCCACUUCCCCCCACACAAACCCACCCCCACCACACAAAUCCACCUCCCACUACACAAACCCACCUCCACCACACAGAUCCACCUCCCACUACACAAACCCACCUCCACCACACAAACCCACCUCCACCACACAGAUCCACCUCCCACCACACAAACCAACCUCCACCCCACGGAUCCACCUCCCACCACACAAACCCACCUCCCACCACACAAAUCCACCUCCACCACACAAACCCACCUCCACCACACGGAUCCACCUCCCACCACACAAACCAACCUCCCACCACACGGAUCCACCUCCCACCACACAAACCCACCUCCACCACACAGAUCCACCUCCCACCACACAAACCCUUCUCCCACCACACGGAUCCACCUCCCACCACACAAACCCACCUCCACCACACAGAUCUACCUCCACCACACAGAUCCACCUCCUACCACACAAACCCACCUCCACCACACAGAUCCACCUCCACCACACAGAUCCACCUCCCACCACACAAACCCACCUCCACCACACAGAUCCACCUCCCACCACACAGAUCCACCUCCCACCACACAAACCCACCUCCACCACACAGAUCCACCUCCCACCACACAAACCCACCUCCACCACACGGAUCCACCUCCCACCACACAAACCCACCUCCCACCACACAAAUCCACCUCCACCACACAAACCCACCUCCCACCGCACACAGAUCCACCUCCCACCACACAAAUCCACCUCCACCACACAAACCCACCUCCCACCACACAAACCCACCUCCCACCGCACACAGAUCCAACCUCACCUCACAAACCCACCUCCCACCACACACAAAUUCACCUCCCAACACCGAUAUACCACCUCAACAAUACUGAGGCACACAUCUUACGCUCGAGGUAACAGUCCCUGUUUCGAGGAUGUUACAGAAGAGUGUUAUCCUGACGACUUCCACGCCUGGUUUGUGUUUGGAGGAACCUGA